GCCGACGGAUAUAUAAGUUAUUCAUAAUGUUGGCUUUCCCCUGCAUUCAUUCUCGGACUCGAGAGUAGCUGCUUUCGUUCCCUUUCUCCAAACACAGAACCGCAACAUGCCUCGCUACAGCCCCGAGACGAUGAACGUUCCGCAGGGCGUCGACAUUGUCAGCCCGAAUUACAAGCAUCCUCAGCUUGUCAUGAACAGUAAGUGAGCGUGGAUACCCAGCGCGGUCCCCUUGGCUCGAUCCCACAUCCGCAACGGCCUUCUCAUCUCAUCUUAUCAGUCGACGCGCAAGCCAUGCCCGUGAACCUCAUGAUCGGCUUCGGCCUUUCGCUCAUGGGCGACCGCACUCUCUUCAGUGGCAAACCACCGACACAGCCACGCCCCUUCGAGUAUGACGAGGACAAUCUCUUCGCCAGGCCGUACAACGAAUGGGCCCCUCCGCCAUUCAACGACUGCCCCAUCCGCUCAGCCUCGGCUAUGAACCUCAUCAUGGUCGCCGUUUCGGGCAUGACUGAUUUGCUGGCUCUCGUAACCAGCACGAGCACGGAGUGCGACAGGGAUCUUCACCACAUCAAGACACGGCUCCUACACGGCCUGCCGCCCAUGUCGCCGGCAAGGUGGCGGAUGAAAGGGUUGCACGAGCCGACGAACGUGCAGCGGGCCUGCCAGCACCUGUGCACCGUCGUCGACGCGUUCGAGUACCUCAACCUCCCGCACACCCAGUCGCGCAUGCGAAAGGCGUGCAACGGGACCUGGAAAGAGUGCGACAAGUUCUCGAGGGCCCUCAGCGCGUACCGGCAACAGAGGGGCCGGGGUCCCGUCUCGGUCACGGCGGCCUGGGAGGAGUACAUGGUCGACUACUUGGAGACCAUCGCGGCGAGGGCACACGCGUGGGUGAUUGGGCGGGUCGACGAGCUGCUGGAAGCGCUCCUCCUACAGCUGCGGAGCACGACAGGCGGCGCCAACGGCCAGACCUCCCCGGGGCAGAUUAUCGAUUCGAUCCACGAACUCAACAUAAUCAUGACCGAGGCCGACGCCAGGAUCAUGCUGCCGCUGUUCCGCUACACCCUCAAGACCCUGACCUCCGCGGCGCCGAGGCUCCGGGACGACUGGGGCGGCUACCGCGGCGCCGAGCCAAUGACCGAGUACCCUUACGACAUGCUCACCCGCGUGCAGGUGUACAGCAUGCGGUUGAAGUUCCUGAACAAGGCGGCGGGGACCCGGAUGAUCAUCGACGGCCAGCGCAACGGCAUUCCGUUCUCGUACACGCAGGACCCGGAGCGGUGUUCUCGGCUGAUGUUCAGGGAGCUGGCCCGGGCGAGGCGGGAGCUGCGGGGACCGGCACCAGAGACGGGGGACGAGCCGUGGAUCACGAGCCUCAAGAACACGUUGCGGAUGUCGAUCCGGCCCCGGGUGCGGGUCUGGGGCUUCGUCGGGUACCGGGUCUCGUACGCGCACUCGGACGAGGAGUGGAAGGAGUUCCUGAGGCGGGUCGAGGACGACGUGAUGGCAUGGGGCCAAGGGGUCGACGGCGCGGCGGACGUGAAGCCGACGUGCAGGCUGAUGUGGAUCGACGGACGAGAGCACGGGAUCCCGGAGGACGACAUCGAGGCCGCCAGACGGCACUACAAGACGUACAGCAAGUCGCCGGCAUGCGAAGACCUCCUCACGGCCAGGCAGGUUUUCUUGGCCGCCGAUGAGGCGUCCGUCGACUCGUACCUGGAGCCGGUGCAAGGCACCACCGAGCCGGUCAUCCCUCGUGGCGACUUGGGCAGUUUCCUCCUAGCCGUCCAGCCGGCCAGCGCGAGGGAGACGGGCAACGGGCGACGUGGCCGGAGGGGACGGGGCGCCGGGGCGUCGGGCGACGAGUUCGACGGCACCCUCAGAGUGCUCGGAUCGAUCUUGUUUGACGACCUAUGGGCCGCGAUCUUCGAUGGUGCGUUCAACUUGGAGGACCUUUCCAAGAUGGCGGAGAUUCAUCCUCGUCACGUCUACGCCGGCCCCAGCGUGCCCAUGGAAAGGCAAGGAUGGCGGGAUGCAGGGUGCUGGAGUUUGACAGCGUUCAAGUCAUUCGAGAAGUGGCAGGCUCUCUGACGAUUAAAACAUUGUCGGUCUCCAAGGGGAUGACGGCGCAACGAUACCGUUAAUACAAUGCUGCGAUGACAGGGGAAUAGACGAAUGUUUUGCCGUGUCGAAUUGUGGAUGGAGUCUGCAAAUGUUCAUCCAAACACUAGCAAUGUGCCCCGCAUGGUCACCUUAAGACCUAUCUUUUAAAUGGUAGUAGCAAUGAUAAUGGUGGAAACCAUUAAAACGACAUCGCCAUAUUGGCAGAACAAGCCACGGCUCGCGGCAUCAACCUGGAAACCAAUAUAUCCCAAAGGCUGGAUCACCUGGUCUCGAUGAUCUGGUUCGCACUGGUGGGAUAAGCGGACAUGCCGUUAUCAUAGCGGUCGAGGAU